ACGCGCAAUGUUUGAUUACUGUAACAUCCUAAUGUGCGCGAAGUGAACGACGGACUCUAUGGUGAGGAGAUUCGUCUCACUGAACAUGAAAUCUUAAGCGGUAAGAAUAUCUUUUUAUGUUGAGUUAAGAUGAAUCCAUCCUUCUGCAAUUUCACUGGACAGCGUCACACACUUUAAGCUUGGUCUGCACUUUCAUGAGUUCUAGGCGCUCUCUGCACGAUGGAGUUGCUCGAGUUGUCCGACGUCCAACAGAUGUUCAACGACUCGCGUUUUCGGAGGAAUUUAAGUGAGCUAGAUGAUGUAGAUGAACCGCUACCUAGGAGCGCAAAGAUCACCGUCGUUGUGGUCUACUUGAUAGUGUGCGUGGUGGGGCUCGUGGGGAACUGUCUGGUCAUGUUUGUAAUUAUCAGGUACACAAAGAUGAAAACGGCCACCAACAUUUACAUCUUUAACCUGGCCUUGGCUGAUGCUCUAGUUCUUGCCACUCUUCCUUUCCAAGGCACGGAUGUCAUCCUUGGAUUCUGGCCUUUUGGUUUGGCUCUGUGCAAGGCUGUGGUGGCCAUUGACUAUUACAACAUGUUCACAAGUGUCUUCACCCUGACCAUAAUGAGUGUGGAUCGCUACGUAGCCGUCUGCCACCCUGUGCGCUCCCUGACAGUUCGCACCCCGCUCCGGGCCAAGCUGAUCAACGUGGCUGUGUGGGUGCUGGCAUCAGCCGUGGGACUGCCUGUUAUGAUCAUGGGUCAGGUGGAGGAGGAUGUUUACGGUGCCGAGUGCAUGCUGAACCUGCCUAAACCAAAAGAACACUGGGGGCCUGUGUUUGUGAUUUGCGUGUUCCUCUUCUCUUUCCUGAUUCCUGUGGUGAUUAUAAGCGUCUGCUACGGGUUGAUGGUACGACGUCUACGCAGUGUCCGUCUCCUGUCCGGCUCAAGAGAGAAAGACCGGAAUCUGAGGAGAAUCACCUAUAUGGUACUGUCUGUGGUAGCUGCUUUUGUGUUGUGCUGGAUGCCGGUGCAGGUCUUAGCUUUGAUCCAGGCCUUGGGUCAUAUGGAUCUUGGGGCCAGCCAAUCCUCAAUUGCAGCCAUGCAUUUUUGCAUUGCUCUGGGCUACGCUAACAGUUGCUUAAACCCUGUCCUCUAUGCCUUCCUGGAUGAAAACUUCAAGCGGUGCUUCCGUGAGUUCUGUAUCCCGGCCAACUCCAGUUUGUUCUUGGAAGACCAGAACAAGAGGUCACUGAGGCAGGAGAGAGAAUGUGCUGAGGAGGAAGAAAAAGAGCUGGCAGAUGAUUUGUGGCGAUUCAGAUUUGGAAGUAUGGAUUGUUUCACAUGGGACAAAAGGGCUUUUUUCCCCUCCUUUUUGAGUUUUAUAGUGUAUAAUAUUUACAUGGUUUAUUGUAGCCCUUAUAUAAUUAAAUAACUAAUUAUAUAUUAUUCUAAAUUAUUAUACUACAAUAUAUUUGUUAUUUUGUUUGAAAUGUACUACUUUUGUUUUGAAACUGGUUUAUUGGAACUGCAUAUACAAAAUGUGUUGAUUUAAUUUUUAACAGCUGUACGAAAAUGUGUGUGUGUGUGUGUAAAUUUUGAGUAAAGUACAUAUAUAACAACUUAUAUAUACUAGUACUACAAUUAAGAAGUCUUGGGUCAGAAAUAUUCUUUUAAAGAAAUUAAUACUUUUAUUCAGCAAGGAUGGAAUAAAUUGAUCAAAAGUGACAGUAAAGGCUUUUACAUUGUUACAAAGAAUAUGAAUAUAUCAAAUAAAUGCUAUUCUUUUGAACUUUCUCUUCAUCAAUAAAAAAUAAACAUUAAGCACAACUGUUAUCAACAUUAACAGUAAGUGUUCAGGAAAAAAAUCAGCUUUUCCAUCACAUGAAAACUAAAGUACUAAAGUUCUAAAAUAAAGAUAAUACAGCAUUUGUUUUGACAUAUUGACCAAGAGAUCAAGAUGAGAGUAAACAAUAGCAUUUACCAAAAAAGAAAGAAAAAGAAAAGGAAUAUAAAUGCUUUGUCCUAAACAUACUGUUAUAUUACAAUACAAUACAAGUAAAAUUAAAUUAAAAUAUAUACAUACUACACAUAUUCAUACAGUGUUACUGCACUGUUUUUAAUAAAAUAAAUGCAGCCUUGGUAAGCAUAAGAGACAUCUUUCAGAAACAUUAAUCUAACAGACACCACACUUUUGAGUAGUAGUGUAUAUAACAGAUAAUUAAAGGGUUAGUUCACCCAAAAAUGAAAUUUCUGUCAAUAAUUAUUCCACCCCCAUAAGACCUGCGUUCAUCUUCAGAACACAAAUUAAGAUAUUUUUCAUA